UUACUAGCAGCAUGCAGUUUAUCCAUCUCUGAGGUGCCUUCACAAGUACUAGCAAGUAUUGAAGAGAAAACUAACCUCAAUUUAUUGUGAGAUUUUCAGCAAAAAGACAAGAUUGUUGAAGCUUGUGCAUCAUACCAUGUGGGAUUAGAAUUUAUCUAAUAAUCAUAAGCUGUUAUCAAAACAGUUGCAACAAAGGCAGGCAUCACCAGGGGAAAAUAUUCUGUUUCACAAGAUGUGGAGAACGGUUGCGUAAAGGUAUCUCCCAAUUUCUAUUCUCUAUGACAGCAUAUAAAAGUGCUUGUAACUCAGAUCUCUGUAGCUGCCUCUGCUGACUUGCUCUUCUUGGUGACUGGGUUGGCUUGUUUUCUGCAAAGAUGUCUUCCUAUGGACAGAUGAUUAGCUCCCGCUGUGCUGAGCCAUGUGAAGUAACAUGCCCACAACCAUAUGUCAACUGUUGGAACGAACCUUGUGUCAGCUCAUGUGGAGACUCAAGAGCAAUCGUGUAUGCACCGCCCGUUGUCGUGACUUUCCCAGGACCCAUUAUAAGCUCCUGCCCUCAGGAGAGUUUUGUGGGAACUGCUAUGCCUGAAAUUGAGGGUCAGAUUGGCUCUGGAGGUGGAGGAAUAGGUUCUGGAGGUGGAGGAAUAGGUUCCGGAGGUGGAAUUGGCUCCGGAGGUGGAGGAAUAGGCUCUGGUGGUUCCUGUGGUGGAGGCAGCUCCUACGGGACGGGCUCUCAUGGUUCAGGUGGUUCUUGUGGUGGCAUAGGAGGGGGCUCAUAUGGUGGGGAAAGCUCAUGUGGUGGUGGAUUCUCCCGUUUGGGAAACUUUUACCGAAACUCAUAUUUUUCAGGAUAUGGUAGAUAUUAUUCCCCCUUUUUUUCCAGAGGGUAUUAUAGGUAUCGCUAUGGAAAUUAUGGGCCAUUUUAAAUCUUUAAGAAAGAUUAAUGACUGGAGAAAUAGUAAAAUACAAGCUAGUAGCUGACAUAUAGACCUGGAAAUCAGACAUGCCAAGCAGCCUCUGCUCCAGCCUAUGUCAGAGGAGCUGGGGUUGCUUGGGAUCUCAUUGCGCUUUAUCUAAGGCUUAUGAUCCCAAUGUUGCCUCACUUUGUCAUUUGCUCAUGUUAUGUUUUGUUCUUUCUGAACCUGAAAAGGGUAAACCAAGUAAUGGAAUUUGACUGUAAAAGCAUCCAGCUGAAAGAAGAACACCUUGUGAGCCCUGUGCUGCUCUGAACGAUUGAUUGAUUGUAGCACUUGUUUGAAAUGGAAAUUACAUUCUUUGUCUCUUCCUUGCCUCAUUCUGCAAGAAUGUAUUCCAGUCUUUGUUUCUA